CAAUUUAAUUUUAACUUGUUCUUGUGCAAACGACACUAGGUGUAUUGAAUUAUUGUAGAUUUGGUUUUAUUAAUCUACAUUACUUUUAUACUUGUUUGCAUCAAUCCUUUUUCAAAAUUAGUUCAGCUGAUUCAAAGUGUGUUUACUCAACUCUUAUAACCUUAGUAGUGGUAAAAACAAUUCUUGUGUUCUAAUGUAUUUGUGGGUAAUAUAAAAUGAUGCAUUUUCCAAUAUUAGUGUAUGUUUCUGUAGGUAGUUGACCUUUAAUUGCCAAGGAUUUUCUCUCCUAAAAAAUAUAAGUCCCAUAUGAUUGUAGCGGACAAACUCUACAAAGCACAAUCAGUUUGUCACAAGCAAUGGCAUCAAAGAAAGAUCAAUCAAUACAUGAUAUCAAGAGUAUGGUUGAAUACAUAGAGCAGGAUGGAUGGGAAAAGGUCGAGGAAAUUGAGGUGAAGUCACAGGAGGAAUUUGAAAUAGAAAAAACAAAAAUCAGAGAUACGGAAAUUAUCAAACUAGAGCAUUUUUAUAAUCGCCAGGAGGAAAAGUUAACAAGAACUUUAAAAGCGGAGAGUUCAAGAUCGAAGUUAAGGUCAAAAAUUGGAUAUUUGGAAGCUCAAAAAAAUAUUAUCCUUGAGAUUAUAAACAAAGCUCGUCACACGAUUGAAGAUUGUUCCAAUAAAGAAUCUCAAAGGCAUCGGUAUAAAAAAAUAAUGGAAGAAUUACUUCUCAGAAGUGCUCUCACGAUGAUGGAGUCUGAUAUAAAAGUGAAAGUUCGCAAGAAGGAUCAUUCACUGUUGCACAGCAUCAUCGAGAGUACUUCGAAUGAAUUCAAGAGAAUAACUGGCAACAAAAUCUCAAUGAAAAUCGACGACACGCAUUUGCCAGAUUCAUCUGCUGGUGGUAUUAUUUUGAGUAACCUCCACGAGCGAGUUUUCAUCGAUAAUACUCUGGCUACGAGGCUGGAAAUUGUUAUUGGUAAUAUGAAUUCUCCGUUUAUGCCAAUGUUCAAACACUUGCUGUUUGAUGAAGAAGAAGAAAAGAAAAGAUAGAUUCAAUUCUUUAGAUUAUUACACGUGUUUCUUAAAAUUCAUUGUUAGAUUUUAAUUUUAUUGAACAAAAUUUUCAGAAUCUGUCA